AUGGAGGAUCCGGCACCCACAGACCCUAGGGUCCAGUUCCUGGAGGACUAUGUGCUGAAGACCAUGAAGCUGAAGUCGGACCGUUGGCAGAAGUGUCUGAGCACUGAGGAGCACAGAGGGACCAUUCAGGGCUUUGUAAAGAGGCCGGAGCAGAUGCUGCUGGUGGUGACCCUGAAUGCUGCAGGACAGCUGGUCCCGACCUCACACUUCCCCACCAGCAACAAGAACAAAGCUGUUUUCUUUCUGAAGAGGAGCAGCUCUUCCCUGAGUGCAGACUCCAUGAGGAGCAGCCUUAUGUAUGGGGACCUGUCCUACACCCCCCUGGAACAUUUCUCUGCCCUGGUGGAAGAGGUAGUGGCUCCUAUCUUAGCCAACCAGAAGAAUCACCAGACGUGGCCGCAAGUCGUGUCGCAAGAUGUCGUACGCCACGUGAACGGCCUAAAGCGCCACCUGUUUGUGGUGGUCGGACAGGUUAAGGGAAAGACGCUGCUUCCUCUCCCUGCAGGCUCUGAGAAACUACAACCCAUUGACUAUGAACAUGAAAAGAAUAAUGAGAACCUAGACAAGACGAUUGUGCACGCUAUUGAGUCAGCCAUUAUACAAUGGAGCCACCAGAUCCGGGGAGUAUUAAAGAGAGAGUCGGCUGAACCCCUCUUGCAGGGCAAGAACCCCAAUCCUAGUACCGAGCUGGAGUUCUGGAAGAACCGAUUCGCAGACCUGGAAUGUAUCUACACCCAACUGAGGGCCAAGAAAGUGCGCAAGAUGGCCGAGCUCCUGGAGCAUGUGCAGAGCAGCUACUUCCCAGCAUUCAAAGCGCUCUUCAGAGACGUAGUUGCAGCCUGUUCUUUGCGCGAAUGUAAUGUGGUGCGUUCACUCUUGCAGGCUCGAAAUUAUCUCAACCCUGAAGACCUCCUAAAGGGCGAGACGGAGGAGAGCCUCAGUAAGGUGCGCGAGGCUCGGGGCACACUAAGGUUCCUGCAACAGAUGUUUGAAGAGAAAAGAGAAACUCUGCAAAAUUAUUUCAAAAAUGGGGAGGAAGUGAAGCUCUGGGAUUUUCCAUCAGUCAUGGUAUUUGCCCGGCUAGACGGCUUCAUAAAGAAACUGGAGACCAUUGAAGAGCUGCUGGUUACUGCGCUGGAUAUGAUGAAACUUGAGAAAAUUGAGUUUGGUGGCGUGAAGGGUAAAGCGCUCAGUCAGGGUGUAUUAAACAUCUUCCAGGAGUUCCAGGACAUAUACAAAAUAUUCUCAGAGAGGACGUACGACUGUCUUGAUAUGCAAAACAUGGAGUUUGAGGCAGAUAUCUCCGAAUUUAAGUGGAAUAUGGAGGAUAUGGAGCACAGACUUGGCUCUUUAUUCUCCCAGGGAUUUGACGAUGUGUCAGGACUUGAGCACGCUUUUAGGUUGCUGGAUAUGUUUGGGUCACUGCUGGACAGGCCCCUUAUAGCUGCAGAUGCCUAUGGUAAAUUUCCUCGGCUUAUUGAUAUGUUUGAGCAAGAACUGGACUCGACAAAAAUAAUCUAUGACAGCCAUGUGCAGCGGGAUACAGAAGUCAGUCACCCACAGAUAAAUAAAAACAUGCCACUAGUGGCCGGUAAUCUGAACUGGGCUCAGGAGCUGAAAGAACGACUUCAGGUUCCUUACGCCAAUUUCCGGCACAUAAAACAUCCUUGUAUGGAAUCUGCUGAAGGCAAAAGGAUGAAACAGAAGUAUCAAGAAAUGAUGGAUCUGUUGGAAAAAUACUCACAACAUCUGUAUGACGAAUGGUGCUGCACAGUCUCUGACAAAGCCCAGUAUAACCUGACUCGUCCUCUCCUCACCCGGGACUCAGACUCGAAGCUCAUCUCUGUCAAUUUUGACCCACAGUUGGUUUCAGUGUUACGGGAGGUGAAGUAUCUACAGAAUCUGAAGAUGGAGACCAUCCCCAGACAAGCAGAAGAUCUUUUCUCCUCCAAGGAAUCAUUCAGACAGUUUACAGCUAAUCUAGAGCUGACAGCAAACUGGUACAACAAGAUUAUGAAAACCAUCCUGGAAGUGGAAUAUCCUCUUAUAGAGGGGCAGCUGAGAGAGAUAGACAUCCGACUGAAGGAGGCAGAGGAGACCUUAAACUGGAAAGCCCAAGGGGUUUGGGAAUAUGUCCAGCAAGUCCGGGACAGUGUCCAUGACCUUGAAAGGAGAGUACAGAAAACCCGGGAUAAUAUAGAUGAGAUACAAGCUAUCAUGAAAACUUGGGUGCUUCCAAUCUUUGAAAGAAAAGAUGCAAAGAAAGACAGUCUGCUUAACCUGGAUGAUAGGAAUGACCGUCUUGAGAAGCGAUACAACCUCAUCCGGGAAUCAGGCAGCAAAAUCCAUGCACUUCUUAAGGAAAAUAUGACCCUGUUCUCAGCAGACCCUGGUUCUGAUGUCUGGAAAGCGUAUGUAGAUUAUGUGGAUGAGAUGGUUCUUGAUGGUUUUUUCAAUGCUAUUGAGUGCUCACUGAAAUUUCUUCUGGAUAACACAGAUCCCAAAGCUGGCCUUGCGCCUUUGUUUGAGGUUCAGUUGGAUCUUGUUGUCCCGGACAUGGUAUUCCGUCCCUCCCUGGAUCUUGGCACAAGUGAUGGCUUAUAUGAUGUCAUAGACGGGAUUAUUAAUGACAUUUUUAGGAUAUCAUCCUUGGUACCAAGGCUUGCCGAGCACACUGAUAUUCCUCACUACCAGGCUGAUAUGGAAGAUAUGGCAGACUUGGCAGAUAUGAGGAACUUCCUAAUGGAAUGUGUGCAGAGCAUGUUGACCACUUGCACAGAGUACCGCAACUCCUUUGAUCACUUCUCCUAUCUGUAUGUAGAUGAUCGUAAAGAGUUCAUGCGCCAGUUCCUACUGUAUGGUCAUGUGCUCACUGCUGAGGAGAUUGAAGUCCAUGCAGAAGAGGGAGUCCCUGAGACCCCUCCCACUUUGCAGCAGUUCAGGGAACAAAUAGAUUCCUAUGAGAAGAUUUAUGAAGAGGUGAACCGAAUGGAACCGAUUAACAUAUUUGAAAGCUGGAUGCGGGUUGAUGCUCGACCCUUCAAAUCUUCUUUGUUAAAUGUUAUUAAGAGAUGGAGCUUGAUGUUUAAGCAGCAUUUGAUUGGCCACGUCACAAACAGUCUGGCAGACCUAGAAGAGUUCACUAAGGUGGCGGAACAAGGUCUGAGCAAGCAGCUGAAGGAAGGCGAUUACAAUGGUCUGGUAGAGAUUAUGGGGCAGCUGAUGGCUGUCAAGGAGCGGCAGCUCAGCACUGACGAGAUGUUUGAGCCACUGAAACAGACGAUUGAGCUGCUGAAGGUUUAUGAGCAGGAAAUGCCAGAGGAAGUCUACAAACAGCUGGAGGCACUGCCCGAGAAAUGGAACAACAUAAAGAAACUGUCUAUAACCGUUAAGCAGCAGGUCGCUCCUCUUCAGGCUAAUGAAGUGACUUUACUGCGUAGGAAAUGCGCUACGUUUGAUGUCGAACAAUUCAACUUCAGAGAGCGGUUCCGCAGAGAAGCACCAUUCAGGUUUGAUAGCAUUUCUCCAUACCAGAUGCUUGAUGCCAAACAUGUGGAGAUCAAGAAUAUGGAAUCCACUAUGGCGUCAUUUUAUGAGUCAGCAGGUUUGUUUGAACUGAAUAUUCCUGAUUAUAAGCAGCUGAAGCAGUGCAGGAAGGAGGUUUGUCUCCUGAAGGAACUAUGGGAUAUGAUCUCAUUGGUGACUUCCAGCAUGAAUGACUGGCAGACCACCCGGUGGAAAGAGAUCAACGUAGAAAAUAUGGAUCUGGAAUGUAAAAGAUUUGCAAAAGACAUAAGAAAUUUAGAUAAAGAAAUGAGGGUGUGGGAUGCAUUUACAGGACUUGAUAACCAAGUAAAAAACAUCCUGACCUCUUUGAGAGCUGUGGCCGAGCUCCAGAAUUCGGCCAUACGUGAGAGACAUUGGAGCCAACUCAUGCAGGCAACUGGGGUUAGAUUCACCAUGAACGAGGACACCACUCUUGCCGACUUGCUUAAACUUAACCUGCAUAAUUUUGAAGAUGACGUCCGUGGUAUAGUGGACAAAGCUGUUAAAGAAAUGGGAAUGGAGAAAGUGCUGAAAGAGCUGGAUACCACUUGGAGCGGCAUGAACUUUCAGUAUGAACCACACUCUCGUACUGGGGUGCCCUUAAUAAAGUCAGAUGAGGAGCUCAUUGAAACUCUGGAGGACAAUCAAGUCCAGCUCCAGAACCUAAUGACUUCAAAGUACAUUGCAUUCUUCUUAGAAGAAGUGUCAGGCUGGCAAAAGAAACUCUCUACAGCCGACUCUGUUAUUUCCAUCUGGUUUGAGGUUCAACGCACAUGGUCGCAUUUAGAGAGCAUUUUUAUUGGUUCAGAUGACAUCCGAUCACAGUUACCAGAGGACUCCAAGCGAUUUGAAGGAAUUGACACAGAUUUUAAAGAGCUGGCACAGGAUGCUAAUAGUACGCCCAAUGUGGUAGAGGCUACCAAUAAACCAGGUCUAUAUGACAAGCUGGAAAACAUCCAGGAAAGGCUCUCUCUGUGUGAGAAGGCUUUGGCGGAAUACCUGGAUACCAAGAGACUGGCAUUCCCCAGAUUUUACUUCAUUUCCUCUGCUGACCUGCUUGAUAUUCUUUCCAAUGGAACCAACCCUCAGCUUGUUAUGCGUCAUCUCGCAAAGUUAUUUGACAACAUGGCAAAGAUGAAAUUCCAAGAAGAUACCAAUGAAUCCCAGUCUAAGAUGGGUCUUGGGAUGUAUAGUAAAGAGGAUGAGUACGUCCCUUUCAACGAGGUCUGCGACUGCAGUGGGCAGGUUGAGAUUUGGCUGAAUCGUGUACUGGAGACAAUGAGGGCCACGGUACGGCAUGAAAUGACAGAGGCCGUCAUCGCUUAUGAAGAGAAGCCUAGAGAGCAAUGGCUGUUUGACUAUCCAGCGCAAGUUGCCCUCACUUGCACCCAGAUUUGGUGGACCACAGAAGUGGGGAUAUCCUUCGCUAGGCUAGAGGAAGGGUAUGAGAAUGCUAUGAAGGAGUAUUACAAGAAGCAGGUCAACCAACUGAACACAUUAAUCACCAUGCUGAUUGGUCAGCUGUCUCCUGGCGACAGACAGAAAAUCAUGACUAUCUGCACCAUUGAUGUACAUGCCAGAGAUGUUGUUGCUAAAAUUAUCGCUCAGAAGGUUGACAACGCUCAGGCAUUUGUGUGGUUGUCACAGCUGAGACACAGAUGGGACGAUGACAAGAAACAAUGCUUCGCUAAUAUAUGCGAUGCCCAGUUCCUCUAUUCAUACGAAUAUCUGGGAAAUACCCCCCGUCUGGUUAUCACUCCACUUACAGACAGAUGUUACAUCACACUGACACAGUCUCUGCAUCUCACUAUGAGUGGGGCUCCUGCUGGACCAGCUGGCACCGGGAAGACUGAAACCACUAAAGAUUUGGGAAGAGCCCUUGGAAUUAUGGUUUAUGUAUUUAAUUGUUCCGAGCAGAUGGACUACAAGUCCUGUGGAAAUAUCUACAAAGGUCUUUCUCAGACAGGGGCCUGGGGCUGUUUUGAUGAAUUUAACAGAAUUUCUGUGGAAGUGCUUUCUGUGGUCGCUGUCCAGGUAAAAAGCAUCCAAGAUGCGAUCAGAGAUAAGAAAAAAAGAUUCAAUUUCAUGGGGGAGGAGAUCAACUUAAUUCAAUCUGUCGGUAUAUUCAUCACCAUGAACCCAGGUUAUGCUGGACGUACAGAGCUGCCAGAGAACCUCAAGGCUCUAUUUCGCCCCUGCGCCAUGGUGGUACCAGAUUUUGAGCUGAUUUGUGAAAUCAUGUUGGUGGCAGAAGGUUUUAUUGACGCCAGGCUGCUGGCUAGGAAAUUUAUCACACUGUACCAGCUGUGUAAGGAGCUGCUGUCUAAACAGGACCAUUAUGACUGGGGCUUGAGAGCUAUUAAAUCUGUACUGGUUGUCGCUGGCUCUUUGAAGAGAGGAGACCCAGGCCGUCCAGAGGACCAGGUGCUUAUGAGAGCCCUUCGUGAUUUCAACAUUCCUAAGAUAGUCACUGAUGAUAUGCCUGUCUUCAUGGGUCUGAUUGGGGACCUCUUCCCAGCUCUGGACGUCCCCAGAAAAAGAGACCUAGAGUUUGAGGGGUUUGUGAAACAGGCAGUUCUGGACCUUAAACUGCAGGCAGAGGACAACUUUGUUCUGAAGAUUGUUCAGCUGGAAGAGCUCCUUGCGGUUCGUCAUUCUGUAUUUAUUGUGGGCAAUGCUGGCACAGGCAAGUCUCAAGUUCUAAAGUCUCUGAACAAGACCUAUCAGAUCAUGAAGAGGCGCCCGGUGUGGACUGAUCUGAAUCCUAAAGCAGUCACCAAUGAUGAACUGUUUGGUAUUAUCAACCCAUCAACAAGAGAAUGGAAAGAUGGGCUGUUUUCUACUAUUAUGCGUGAACUGGCAAAUAUCACACAUGAUGGCCCCAAGUGGAUUGUGCUUGAUGGUGACAUUGAUCCAAUGUGGAUUGAAUCAUUGAACACAGUUAUGGACGAUAAUAAGGUCCUUACCUUGGCCAGCAAUGAGCGUAUCCCACUAAACCCCACCAUGAGACUGGUGUUUGAGAUUAGUCACUUGCGCACCGCAACUCCGGCCACUGUAUCUCGAGCAGGAAUCCUGUAUCUUAACCCUGCGGAUCUGGGCUGGAAUCCUCCAGUCACCAGCUGGAUAGACAAGAGGGAGGUCCAGUCAGAGAGAGCCAACCUGACCAUUUUGUUUGACAAGUACCUGCCACUGUGCCUGGACACACUCAGGACAAGGUUUAAGAAGAUCAUCCCCAUUCCAGAGCAGAGCAUGGUGCAGAUGUUGUGCCACCUCCUUGAGUGUCUGCUGACCAUUGAGAACACACCGCCUGACUGUCCCAAGGAGCUGUACGAACUGUACUUUGUAUUUGCCGCAGUGUGGGCGUUCGGUGGAGCUUUGUUUCAGGACCAGCUGGUUGAUUACCGUGUAGAAUUCAGCAAGUGGUGGGUUACAGAGUUCAAGACAAUCAAGUUUCCCUCCCAGGGAACUGUUUUUGACUAUUACAUCGACCCAGAGAGCAAGAAGUUUGAGCCAUGGUCCAAAAUGAUCCCAAAAUUUGAGUUUGAUGCUGACAUGCCAUUGCAGGCCUGCUUGGUGCACACAAAUGAAACUAUCAGGGUUCGGUAUUUCAUGGAUAAACUGUUGGAGAAACGUCGGCCGGUCAUGCUUGUUGGUAAUGCAGGAACUGGAAAAUCUGUGCUGGUGGGAGAAAAAUUGUCAUCUCUGGAUUCUGAUGAAUAUAUGAUAAAAAAUGUCCCGUUUAACUACUACACAACGUCUGCCAUGCUGCAAGCUAUUCUUGAGAAACCCCUGGAGAAAAAGUCAGGUAGAAAUUAUGGCCCUCCUGGUACAAAGAAACUUAUCUAUUUCAUUGACGACAUGAACAUGCCAGAGGUAGAUACCUACGGCACAGUGCAACCCCACACACUCAUCCGACAGCACAUGGACUAUGGUCACUGGUAUGACCGGAACAAGUUGACAAUGAAGGAGAUAAUGAAUGUGCAGUACGUGUCUUGCAUGAAUCCCACAUCUGGCAGCUUUACCAUCAACCCUCGGCUUCAGCGCCACUUCAGUGUAUUUGCCCUAUCAUUCCCUGGCAUGGAUGCGCUGUCCACGAUCUACAGCACCAUUUUGACGCAGCACCUUAAGAUGGGUAACUUCCCAGGUCCUCUCCAGAAAACCACACAGCCACUCAUAAACCUCGCUUUGUCUCUUCACCAGAAAAUCACGUCCACUUUCCUGCCAACCGCCAUUAAGUUUCACUACAUAUUUAACCUGAGAGAUUUGUCUAACAUAUUCCAAGGAAUUCUGUUCUCAACACCCGACUGCCUGAAAUCCUCCUCGGACCUGCUCAAGCUUUAUUUGCACGAGUCUAACCGCGUUUACCGAGACAAAAUGGUAGAGGAGAAAGACUCAGAAAUGUUUGACAAAAUACAGACUGAGAUGGUGAAAAAGUUCUUUGAUGAUAUGGAAGAGACUCUGGAGCAGACACGGACCCUGAACAUGUUUUGCCAUUUUGCCGCUGGAGUGGGGGAGCCCAAGUACAUGCCGGUCCAGUCGUGGGAGUCAUUAAAUAAAAUACUGGUGGAUGCUCUGGACAACCACAAUGAAGUGAAUGCUGUGAUGAACCUGGUGCUGUUUGAGGAUGCCAUGUGUCACAUCUGCCGGAUUAACCGUAUCCUGGAGUCUCCCCGGGGGAAUGCGCUGCUGGUCGGAGUAGGUGGAAGUGGCAAGCAGAGCCUCACAAGACUGGCAGCCUUUAUCAGCUCCCUGGAGGUUUUCCAGAUAACUCUCCGAAAAGGUUAUGGGAUCCCAGACCUUAAGGCAGACCUGGCUAAUCAGUACAUUAAAGCAGGAGUAAAAAACGUGGGUACCGUGUUCCUUAUGACGGACGCUCAAGUGUCUGAUGAAAAGUUUCUGGUGCUGGUCAAUGAUUUAUUGGCAUCUGGUGAAAUUCCAGACCUGUUUCCAGAUGAUGAAGUUGAGAAUAUAAUUGGAAGUGUCAGAAACGAAGUGAAGAGUCAAGGCCUGAUGGACACCCGGGAGAACUGCUGGAAGUUCUUCAUAGACAGAGUUCGAAGACAACUAAAGGUUGCUCUUUGCUUCUCACCUGUGGGGAACAAGUUGAGAGUCCGAAGCAGGAAGUUCCCAGCUGUUGUCAACUGUACGGCCAUUGAUUGGUUCCACGAGUGGCCCAAGGAGGCCCUGGAAUCUGUCAGUUUGCGCUUCCUGCAGGAGACUGAGAAUAUUGAGCUGUCAGUUAAAGAAUCAAUCAGCAAGUUUAUGGCAUUUGUCCACACAAGUGUGAAUGAAAUGUCUAGAAGCUACCUGAGUAAUGAGCGCCGGUAUAAUUACACCACCCCCAAGUCCUUCCUGGAGCAGAUAAAACUUUACCAGAAUCUGUUGCUCAAGAAAAGCAAAGAGCUUGCUGCCAAGAUGGAACGUCUGGAGAAUGGUCUACAGAAGCUCAACAGCACUUCCGCUCAGGUUGAUGACUUAAAAGCAAAGCUGGCAGCACAAGAGGUGGAGUUGAAACAGAAGAACGAAGAUGCUGACAAACUUAUCCAGGUAGUGGGAGUAGAAACUGAAAAAGUCAGCAAGGAAAAGGCAAUCGCUGAUGAGGAAGAGAAGAAGGUGGCUGUGAUCGCAGAGGAAGUGGGAAGAAAACAGAAGGAAUGUGAGGAAGAUUUACUCAAGGCGGAGCCAGCUUUAGCAGCAGCAAAGGAGGCCUUGAACACCCUCAAUAGGAACAAUCUAACAGAGCUUAAGUCAUUUGGGGCCCCUCCAUCAGCUGUCACAAACGUCACUGCAGCUGUGAUGGUUCUUACUGCCCCUGGAGGCAAAGUACCCAAGGACAAGAGCUGGAAAGCAGCCAGGGUUGUUAUGAAUAAAGUUGAUGGAUUCUUGGACUCCUUGGUCAACUUCAAUAAGGAGAACAUACCUGACAGCUGUAUUAAGGCCAUCCAGCCCUACCUGCAGGACCCAGAGUUCAACCCUGAAUUCAUAGCAUCAAAAUCAUAUGCCGCUGCUGGGCUCUGCUCAUGGGUCGUUAACAUUGUAAAGUUCUAUGAAGUCUACUGUGAAGUGGAGCCAAAACGACAGGCUCUAAACAAAGCCAACGCUGAGCUUGCUGCCGCAGAGGAGAAACUUGCUAACAUCAAGGCCAAAAUUGCUCAUUUGAACGAGAACCUGGCCAAGCUGACUGCGAAGUUUGAGAAAGCGACUGCAGAUAAACUGAAAUGUCAGCAAGAAGCAGAAGCCACAGCGCUGACAAUCUCGCUGGCCAAUCGUUUGGUUGGAGGACUGGCCUCAGAGAAUGUCCGCUGGGCAGAAGCUGUUGGGAACUUCAAGCUUCAGGAGAGCACUUUGUGUGGGGACGUUCUUCUUAUAACAGCAUUUGUUUCCUACCUGGGUUAUUUCACCAGAAAGUACAGACAAGAUCUGAUGGACAGAACAUGGAAACCUUACCUCGGGCAGCUCAAAAUCCCCAUACCGGUGACACCAGCGUUGGACCCCAUGACGAUGCUUACGGAUGAUGCAGAUGUAGCUACGUGGCAGAAUGAGGGUCUCCCAGCUGACCGCAUGUCCACGGAAAAUGCCACCAUUCUAACUAACUGUGAGCGCUGGCCCCUGAUGGUGGAUCCUCAGUUACAGGGAAUCAAGUGGAUCAAGAACAAAUAUGGAGAUGAGCUUCGAGUGAUAAGAAUUGGACAACGAGGGUACCUAGACACCCUUGAACGUGCAUUAGGAGCUGGGGAGGUGGUUCUGAUUGAGAAUCUGGAGGAAAGUAUUGACCCUGUGCUGGGACCAUUGCUGGGACGAGAGACCAUUAAAAAGGGAAGGUACAUUAAGAUUGGAGAUAAGGAAUGCGAGUACAGCCCAAGCUUCCGCCUCAUCCUGCACACCAAACUCGCCAACCCUCAUUACCAACCAGAGAUGCAGGCGCAGUGCACCCUGAUAAACUUCACAGUCACCCGGGACGGGCUGGAGGACCAGCUUUUGGCUGCUGUAGUGAGCAUGGAACGGCCAGAUCUGGAGGAGCUAAAGUCUAACCUGACCAAGCAGCAGAAUGGAUUUAAGAUCACCCUGAAGACACUAGAGGAUAACUUGCUCUCCCGCCUGUCGUCGGCAUCUGGGAAUUUCCUGGGAGAUACGGCACUGGUGGAAAACCUGGAGAUCACUAAGAAAACGGCUGCAGAAAUUGAAGAGAAGGUCCAAGAAGCCAAAGUCACAGAAGCCAAAAUCAACGAGGCCAGAGAACAUUAUCGCCCGGCGGCAGCCAGAGCCUCGCUUCUUUAUUUCAUCAUGAAUGACCUGAACAAGAUUCACCCCAUGUACCAGUUCUCCCUGAAGGCGUUUAGUGUGGUUUUCCAGCAAGCUGUUCAGAAGGCCCCAGCAGAUGAGAUCUUGAAGCAGCGAGUAGUGAAUCUGAUUGACAGCAUCACUUUCUCGGUGUUCCAGUACACAACCCGGGGUCUGUUUGAAUGUGACAAGUUAACCUUCACUGCGCAGUUGGCAUUUCAGAUCCUGCUGAUGAACAAGGAAAUAAACUCACUGGAGCUGGACUUUCUGCUGCGCUAUCCAGCACUGCCCGGCCUCAGCAGUCCUGUGGACUUCCUGUCUAACCAAUCUUGGGGCGGCAUUAAGGCCCUGUCUUCUAUGGAGGAGUUUAGGAACCUGGACCGAGACAUUGAAGGAUCGGCCAAGCGCUGGAAGAAGUUUGUAGAGUCUGAAUGUCCUGAGAAAGAGAAGUUCCCACAAGAGUGGAAGAACAAGACGGCACUUCAGCGGCUGUGUAUGAUGAGAGCUAUACGGCCGGACAGGAUGACCUACGCUGUUAGAGAUUUUGUGGAGGAGAAGCUGGGCAGUAAAUAUGUCGUUGGGAGAGAGUUGGACUUUGCCACAUCCUAUGAGGAAUCUGGACCGGCUACUCCCAUAUUCUUUAUCCUGUCCCCUGGAGUGGAUCCUCUCAAGGAUGUGGAAAAACAAGGGAAGAAGCUGGGUUACACGUUUGAUAACUGUAAUCUUCAUAAUGUGUCUCUGGGUCAGGGCCAGGAGAUUGUGGCUGAGCAAGCCCUGGAUCUGGCUGCUAAAGAAGGGCACUGGGUUAUUUUGCAGAAUAUUCAUCUAGUGGCCAAGUGGCUCAGCUCUUUGGAGAAGAAGCUUGAACAUCACAGUGAGGGGAGUCAUCAGGAUUUCCGUGUGUUCAUCAGUGCAGAGCCAGCUGCUUCUGUAGAUGGACACAUUAUACCACAGGGCAUCUUGGAAAACUCUAUCAAAAUCACCAACGAGCCCCCAACCGGAAUGCAUGCAAACCUCCACAAAGCCUUGGACAACUUCAACCAGGACACGCUGGAGAUGUGCGCCCGAGAAACAGAAUUUAAGAGCAUCCUGUUUGCACUGUGUUAUUUCCAUGCGGUUGUGGCAGAAAGAAGAAAGUUUGGUCCUCAGGGCUGGAACCGCUCUUACCCAUUUAACACUGGGGAUCUUACCAUCUCUGUCAACGUAUUGUACAACUACCUGGAGGCCAAUGCCAAGGUACCAUAUGAUGACCUGCGAUAUCUCUUUGGGGAGAUCAUGUACGGCGGGCACAUUACAGAUGACUGGGAUAGGCGGCUAUGCCGGACUUAUCUGGAAGAGUUCAUCAAGCCUGAGAUGCUUGAGGGAGAGCUCUACUUGGCUCCAGGAUUCCCCCUGCCUGGCAACAUGGACUACAAUGGUUAUCACCAGUAUAUCGAUGAUGUGCUGCCAGCGGAAUCCCCAUACCUCUAUGGUCUUCAUCCAAAUGCAGAGAUUGGAUUCUUGACUCAAACUUCAGAGAAGCUUUUCCGCACAGUGCUAGAGAUGCAGCCUCGUGACAGCAGCAUGGGAGAAGGAGCCGGGGCCACCAGGGAAGAAAAGGUGAAAGCGGCUCUGGACGAGAUCCUGGAGAAGCUCCCAGAGGAGUUUAACAUCCCGGAGCUGAUGGCAAAGGUGGAGGAGAGGACUCCAUAUAUUGUGGUCGCUUUCCAGGAGUGUGAACGGAUGAACAUACUGACCAGUGAAAUCAAACGCUCACUGCGGGAGCUGGACCUGGGCUUGAAGGGAGAACUGACAAUGACCAGUGACAUGGAGAAUCUACAGAAUGCAAUCUUCCUGGACCUUGUACCAGAGUCAUGGACCAAGAGAGCUUAUCCUUCUAUGGCUGGGCUGGCAGGGUGGUUUGUUGACCUCCUAAACCGUAUUAAGGAGUUGGAGACCUGGACAGGAGACUUUGCUCUACCAUGCGCUGUGUGGCUUGCUGGAUUCUUCAACCCUCAGUCAUUUCUUACUGCGAUCAUGCAGUCCAUGGCCAGGAAAAAUGAAUGGCCUCUUGACAAGAUGACCCUGCAAUGUGAUGUUACCAAAAAGAACCGAGAGGAUUUCAGUAGCCCUCCUCGUGAAGGCGCCUAUGUACAUGGCUUGUUUAUGGAGGGAGCACGCUGGGACACGCAGUGUGCACUGUGCUGCCCGACUGCGCCGCACAAGGGAAAAGAUAAGGGGAGAGACCUCUUGUCAGCCAGGCUGUUUAAUGAAGUAGUGCGGUCUGAGUCUUCUGAAGAUGCAGCAACACCGCUCAGUGGUAGUUCCACUCCUGGCCCCAGGCAGCUGCCCGCUUCACAUAAAAAUGGCUACGAGGAUCGGUAG